CGCCUGCGUAAAAUCAGCUGAGUGCGGAUUCCAGUUUACCGUCUGCUGGGAAAUCAUCUUCUGCUAGGUUUAAUAUCUGGAUAUAAAUAUAUUUAUACACUUGUUUACAUCUUGCAUUUAGGAUAUAAUUUGAAUCGAAACGGUGCUCGGGCUCAGGUCCAGUUUUCCUGCAGUAGACAGACACUGAGCAUGCUGAGACAGCACUGAAGCAUGAUGGACCCUGAGGAGGCAGAACUCCAGAAUGACUACCGUUACCGUAGUUACGCAGCCGUUAUUGAGAAAGCGUUGCGCAAUUUUGAGUCUUCCAGCGAGUGGGCUGACCUCAUCUCGAGUCUUGGAAAACUCAAUAAGGCCCUCCAGAGUAAUCUGAAGUACUCUUUGUUGCCGAGGCGGCUGAUCAUUGGAAAGAGACUGGCUCAGUGCCUGCACCCGGCUCUGCCUAGCGGCGUCCACCUUAAAGCGCUGGAGACCUACGAGAUCAUCUUCAAAAUCAUUGGCACAAAAUGGCUAGCCAGAGAUCUGUUUAUUUACAGCUCAGGACUGUUCCCUCUGCUCAGCCAUGCAGCGAUGACGGUAAAAAUGGCUGUGCUGACCCUAUAUGAGCGCUACUUCUUGCCCCUGCAGAAAGCUCUGCUCCCAAGUCUGCAGGCCUUCAUCAUGGGUUUGCUGCCUGGCCUGGAAGAAGGCCUGGAGGUCUAUGACAGGACCGAUGCACUGCUGGUGAAGUUGUCCCUGCUCGUGGGUCAGUCAGUGUUUUAUGGGGCUCUGUGGGGCGCAGCACUCGUGUGUCCUCUCGUACGGCUCCCUGCUUCACUCUUCAUCGUCACACACUUUGACCGCAUGGCCAGCAGCCGUGAACAGAAACACAUGCUGGGGAAUGACCACCGGCUAGCUGUGAAGGCGACCUGUCUCUCUCUACAGGACACUAAUGUAUUGGUCCAGCGGAACAUGUUAGAGAUUCUUCUCAACUUCUUUCCCUUCGCAGCAUGUCUGGACCCAGUGACGUGCUCUGUCCCUCUUAAACGAGAAGAGAUGAUCACUGUGGUCUCUGCUGCCUCUCUCACUCUGCUCAGGAGGGACAUGUCACUCAACCGCCGACUCUAUGCAUGGCUUCUAGGAUUAGAUAUUAAAGGGGGAAUGGUGGCUCCAGAUACAACCCUGUAUGCUACAGUGGAGGAACAUACUGCACACUACUUUAACACACAUUCCAGAGAGAUGCUGGUGCAGGCCCUAGUGAAUAUCCUGCAGCAGAAAGACAUAGAGAAAGACCCAGAUAAUGUCAUGAACUAUCUUAGACCGUUCCGCAUCAUGAUAAGUUUACUGGACAAACCAGAGAUUGGGCCACUGGUUGUGUCAGAUGUCUUGCUGGAGGUGAUCAGGACCUUUUAUAGUUACUGUCAAGAGUUGCUUGGAAUGGAGUUGCUUAACUCCAGUCACUCUGGCAACCAUCUCACAAGUAAAAUCAAAGAAAACAAACAUAUUUCUGAGAUCAUAAAGACGGUCAAUAUGUUGGUGGGAGCCAUGAGCAGUGAAUACCUCUGGGACUACAUGACCAAGCGCUUCCUCACCUGUUUGAGUGGGCUCAGUGACCAUACAGGGUUGUCUUCUGCUAAAGCCUGGAGUCCUUCUCCAUCAGUGUCUGAGCUCUCAAACCUCAUCAUCUUUCUCCUCGAUGUUAUCCCUUUGGAGCUUUAUGCUGAGAUCCAAACACAGUAUCUGCCCCAGAUGCUGGGUAGCAUGCUGCAGUCUGUAUGUGCUCACAUGGAUUCUCUCAGCCUAGCAGAGCUUACACAAACUCUUCGAGCAUGUUUCAAAGUUCUGAGUAAGAUCCAGAUGCCGGUGAGCUAUAUGGACAUGAAUGUGGAGUCUCGCACACAUGUAAAGGAAACAAAUGUUGCAGUGUCUGACAUCAAGAACAAUGAGACUCAUAACCACACCAGUGAUGACAAAUUUAAAGAAGAUGAAGUAGCCAUCAAUGGACAGGAUGCACAAGAGACUGGACCUGAAGUGGCCAUGUUCCCGUCCCUGCGCUCUGAAGACAGCGGCCUGGGGCUCAGCGCCUCACCUUCUGAGCAGCAGCUUCCUCCUGGCCGUGACUCCUCCAGCCCUGCUUCAGGAGUUUGCACCAAGGCAGAAGAUGUUUGGAGGAAAGGAGGGAGUGUGGAAAACAUGUCCAAGUGCAUUCAAGACAUACUGGUGUCUGUAAUUACAAGGCAUUUGCUAGUAGUUGUAGAUCCAGAAAAGCAGAAGAAACAGGAGGAGGCGACUCAGGCCGUGCAGGGUGCCUCGAGGCGGUCCAAGACACGCUCGUCAUCUGGUAGUGAGGGAAACCGAGAUCUGGGACUGAUCAGAGACAGACUGGCUGAGCUUUUCAUCCCUGGAAAACUGCGAGAACAACAAGCGUUUACUGAUGAUAAGGGGAAAAGUUCUGGACAUGAGCUCUUUCAGUGGACUGAGGGAUUCCAGCCAAGAGGGAAAGGAGAGAUCAGCGAGGCUUGUCGAAAUGCCUUUACUGCUGCUUGUCACCUUCUGCUGGAGAGCACAACUUUCCCAGUCUACUACACCGAAAAGGAGAGCCAAGAGCUUCACAGCAACAUGUUUGAGAACACCACAGGCAAUAAAGAAGGCAGCCUUCCUGAGUGGCUGAGGUCGUUAAUGACUCUCUGUUGCAUUUCAAAAGACUACCAGGUUCAGCAUGCGGCGAUUUCUUCUCUUCUGGAGUUAAUAAACCACUCUCAGUCUUUAGCGCUGGUCAUCCAGGAUAAGAACCAGCGCUAUAAAAGAUCAGAAGCCAACCCCCUCAGUGGACAGCUACAGAUGGUCACUCUGCCUCCCAUCUACCCAGCAGUGCUUAAAACUAUGGAGCUCCACACAGACUUUUACCAGAGGGCAGCUCAGGUGCUGUGGUCUCAGCUGGACACCGAACGCAAAGAGCAACACAUUUCCUGUGUGGAGCUUUUCUACCGACUACACUGUCUGGCUCCAUCUACAGCCAUCUGUGAGGAUAUAAUCUGCAUGGCUUUGCUGAGCAGAGACAAGGUUGUGUGCCUGGAUGCUCUUCACAGAUUCUCUGUUUUGUGGCACCUGAUGCGAGAGGUCCAGAUGAAUCGCAGCACUUCUCUGAACCGCUCGUUCGACAGGUCUCUGUUUGUUGUGUUGGAUAGUCUAAAUAGUCAAGAUGGGAGCGUCAGUGCAGUCGGGCAGAGCUGGCUGGGGCGAGCUCUUUCUCUUGGUGAUGUUGUCCGUAUUUUGGAGCCUGUUUUACUCCAAUUGCUGGACCCGAGGACACAGAGGAUAGCCAUUCAGAGCGCCAAGCAUAAUCUUUUAGUUGGUAAUUGGAGUGCAUUAAUUUACAGAGACAGGACCAACAUUAAGAGCACUGGAAAUGUAAUGAACCAGUCAGAAGACAGCAUGCUGACUCACAUUGCCACGGUAGACCGUGAAGCUGUAUGGCUUGAUCUAGAGCAUCACGAAAUGCCAUCCGAUACCCCUGUGAUAUCUUGCAGUGAAAGUGAGGAGACUGACGGAGAUGAUAACGAGGCCAGAGAAGACGGAGAGGAGGGGAGUGAGCACACUGAGUCCGCAGACACAAGUGGAGCACAGAACUCCACAGAAACCUCGAGUUCAGGCUCCAUCCCUCCUACAGAGAUCUGCCGAUGGAGAGGCAUUGUGGUCAAUGGCCUGAAGCGAGGGGACUCGGAGCGUACUCAAGCUUCUGAUUCACUAUCAAGUGAUGAGGAUGAUGGGCAGCUGGAAGAGAUAGCCAUCCGUCUCUUAAAGCAGCAACUUGAGAGACAGGAAGCAGUAGAUUCACUAUUCCAAAAUGUGCUGCUUUACCGGCAGACAUAUGAGAGUGGACGGAUUCUGUACGCCUUUGCAGUGGUGGAAACGCUGUUGAGGAGCAGUGCAGGUCCAUUUGUGGAGGCACUAAGCAACACAGCUUUGGAUUGCAGCUCCACUGCCCACCUGAACCUCAUUCAGAACCUACUUGAGAGACAUCGGCAAGCCCAGGAGGGUGGCAAUUUCUAUGGCCCUCUCCAGAAUUCCACUUCUCCUAAAGCUGGUCCUCCUACUUUCCUUCUGGAGAUUUUGACAUGCAUCUGCUUGCGGUACCUUCGCUCCCACUUCCCUUCUUACGCUAGUGUGAAUGCCUGUCAUGUCCAAGCGAACAGAGAGGUGCAGGUUAAGAGUGUGGAGGUGCUCACAGCAUUGGUGGAACAGCUAGUGACCGUGGCCCAGCAGGCCCAGACAGGUGAAACUGGUGCCAGUGGAAGCUUAGAAGCCAUACGUAAUCUUUUAUGGGGCAGCAAGUUGCAGCACUAUGUCCUACUUAUGCUCUCUAGAUCCAUGUAUGUCUGCCAGCGUGGAGAUGGACCUGUCCCACACUCACUGACCAAGAAUGAACAGAGUGAUGAUGUCAGAGAAAUCUCUGAAGAGAGGCUGGUUAACUGUGGGCGAGAUGGCAGCUGGGCUGAACACCCAAUUCAGAUUGCCCUCUUGAAGCUGCUUAAGGUGCUUAUUGUUCUUGAACAUUGUAUAUGUCCAGCAAACACUAAGAAACAUACACAAGGAGAUAACCAGUUCCAGCAGCCCGUGGAUAACAUCCCUCCUUCUGCCCUAGCACGAGAGUGGCACACUGCAGUAAUGUUCCAACAGUCUAUCAAGGCCGUUUGCUAUGUGGCCAGUCAACCUAUUACAGCACAGGGCAUGUUCGUGUCAGCAGCGGCCCAGGCUCUGUGCCCACAAUAUGGCUUUGCCAUGCACCCGGCUUGGGUUACAUUGCUCUGUCAGAUACUACCUUUCAUUGGCCGGUCACUGGCCAUCAUUGUGGCUCCCAUCAUCAAACAGAUCUGCAGAAACCUAGAUGAGCUUGUUAAACAGCAUGAGCAUGACGGAUUCAAGGCUACACAUGGCAGUAACCUUAAGAAGGAGAACAUCGCACCGGAUUAUCCUCUUACUCUGCUGGAGGGGCUUACUGCAAUCACACACUACUGCCUCCUGGAACACAAGAAGUCUGCAGGUUGUGAUGCAACGGACAUGCGAAAUGCCUGCAAUGCCAUUCUGGAGGGAUUUCCUCAUAUGGUCAGCACCAUGGCCUUGCUUUGGGGUGUAGUCAAAGGUGCUGACUCGGCCUACAGUAGCAGAUCUUCCUCCACCUCUGUCUAUUUCAAAAGCACAAAGAUCCUAAAACAGAAGGUUCUGGGGCUACUAAUGCCACUGACGCAGCACUACGGGUCACAAGUCAUGGCCUCGGUGGCUGCUGUAUGGAACAGUAGGCAGAGCCGGAAGAGACGCUCCAAUAACAAGAUUCUGCCAGUCGCCAGUGAUUCCCAGAUGAUGAUUGUAGAUUUAGUUAAGUCCAUGAACACACUCCGCACUGAAACCGUUUUGCAGCUCAUCAGGGAGGUGGUGAAGAAACCCCACCAAAUUAAAGGAGACCAGCAAAGGCCAACCUUAGUUGAUGUACCCAUGCUGCAGUUCUGCUAUGCCUACAUACAGAGUCUUCAUGCUCAGGAUCUUCAGGAAAAUGUCAUGGCUAUCCUUUCUCUACUUAAAGAUUCAGUGCAGCUUAAUCUUGUCCCACCUGGGCAUUUCCUCCUUCUUGGCAUCUUGAAUGACUUUGUGAAUCGACUGCCCACCAUGGACAACAAGAGAGAUUCCAGAGAACUGCAGGAAGUUACCCAGAGAAUCCUGGAGGCGGUAGGAGCCGUGGCUGGCUCAUCUCUGGAACAGACCAGCUGGCUGAGCCGUAACCUGGAGGUAAAGGCACAGCCUCAGAUCUGCUUGCAGGACGAUGAAGAUGAUCCUGAAGGAAGUGAAUUCUAUGAGUCUGUUGGCCAAGGAAGUGCUAUGGUGUCAUCCUCAGCUCCAUCUGUGUUCAGCGUACAAGCAUUGACUCUGCUGGCCGAGAUUCUAGCCCCUCUUCUGGAUAUGGUGUAUCGCAGCGAUGAGAAGGAGAAAGCCGUGCCUCUCAUCUCCCGCCUCAUGUAUUACGUUUUCCCCUACCUGAAAAACCACAGUGCCUAUAACAUGCCCAGUUUCAGUGCAGGGGCUCAGCUAUUGAGCAGCCUAAGUGGUUAUGCGUACACUAAACGGGCCUGGAAAAAGGAAGUGCUGGAGCUCUUUAUGGAUCCUCUGUUCUUUACCAUGGAGAUGUCCUGUCUUUGCCAUUGGAAAGCCAUCACAGACCAUCUGCUCACACACGAGAAGACCAUGUUCAAAGAUUUGAUGAGCAUGCAGAGCAGUUCUUUGAAGCUGUUUAACAGUGCUGAGCAGAAGGCCAUGUUACUAAAGCGCCAGGCAUUCACCAUGUUCAGCGGAGAGAUGGACCAGUACCACCUCUACCUGCCUCUAAUUCAAGAGCGCUUGACAGAAAACCUGCGGAUAGGACAGACCCUGAGUGUGUCGGCUCAGAUGUUCCUGAUGUUCCGUGUUCUGUUGUUGAGAAUCUCGCCACAGCACCUCACCUCCCUCUGGCCUAUAAUGGUCACAGAACUGAUUCGGAUUUUUGCACGGCUCGAAAAGACUCUGCUAGAGGACAAGGAUGUUUCAAAGAAUAAGCGAGGUGGUCAGGAGAAGAACUGCCCGAGACCUUUUCCACAAGCAGAACUGGACCUGUAUCUUUCAGCCUGCAAGUUCUUGGACACUGCUGUGUCUUUCCCCCCUGAUCGGAUGCCUCUUUUCCAAAUGUAUCGCUGGGCAUUCAUACCUGAAGUAGAUGUAGACAGCUAUGAUGGUCCAGGCACCACUCUGCUGGAGGGUGAACAUGAGUGUAAGCCUCACGUGGUCAGGAUACUGGAAGGCCUUCAUCAUCGCUAUGGGGAGCUGAACGGAACGGUGGGAGAGUCAGAAUGUGAGCGUAUGGAGUUCCCUCUGCUCACUUUCCACUCGCUCUCGUCCAUCACGCAGCUCGUGCCGUUCUUCCAAACCCUGUGUAGCUCUUUCUGCAGCUUAUCACCCUCUCCUCAUCCUCCCGCUGAAUACCCGCCCUCCAGUGCAGACAGAGUGCUGCAGUGUUUGGAGCUCAUCACAGAGGAAGAGUUUCUGGAUGGUAUGGAUUCAUAAGUCUCAGACUUUUAGCUAAGCAUUCAGUCUUAGAAUAGGUGCUCUGUUAAUGCAUCUUAAUUGCUUGGUGAGCAUGAGGGUUAAUGGCAUUGUAAUGUAAAUCGAUGCAUUAUGUUAUUGUGGUGUCUGUCAUUAUGGAGCAACUUAGUUUAUUUUUAUAAUAUCGUCAUUCGAAGUGCAGUGAUAACCAAAAGAUUCCAGUACGUUCUAUCAGUUAAUUGCUUUUAUGUGAAUAUUUUAUUAUUUAAUAAAGAUGUAAAGAAUGUGGGAUUAA